AUGGAGUUGUUGGACUAUGACUUUGGUUGUGUACGGUGUCUUGGAAUUCAUGGCCCAGCUGCUAUUGGAAAGACGACCCUUGCCAAGGCUCUCUUCGACCAGCUCAUUUCUAACUUUGAUUGGUAUUGCUUCCUGCAAGAUGUCCGUGGAUCAUCCCGCCGCCAUGGCCUAGUAUUUCUGCAAAAGAAGCUGCUAUUCGACAUUCUCGACGAAACUAAGUCUAUGAUUGAUAUUGAUGACAUUGAUGAUGAAAGGCCUACGGAUGACAUCAAUGACAUCAAUGACAUCAAUGACAUUGACGAUGGAAUGAUGGUCAUUAGGAAAAAACUGCAUGGAAAGAAGGUUCUAAUUGUUCUAGAUGAUGUGGACCAUAGGGAACAGUUUGAGAAACUAGUUGGCAAGAUCAAUUGGUUAGGUACAGGAAGUAGAGUCGUAAUUACAACAAGAAACAAAAGUAUCCUAGAGAGUGGAGAGAAAAUCAUACUCUAUGAAUUGAGAGAAAUAAAUUCUAAUCAAGCACUUCAGCUUUUUAUAAAUCAUGCAUUCAAAGAAGAAUCUCCUAGAGACGAUUAUUAUGAUAGACUUUCAAGGGAUAUUGUUUCCACCAUUGGAGGACUUCCUUUGAUCAUUAAGGUCAUAGGUUCAUUUCUUCGUGGAAAGCAUGAAACUAUAUGGAAAGACACACUAGAAAAGUUAAGGAGCAUUGAUAAUAAAGAUGUCCACUGGAUGUUGAAAAUCAGCUUUGACGCCUUAAAUUUCAAGCAAAAGCAGAUUUUUCUUGAUAUUGCAUGUCUUUCCUUCCAUGAGGAGGAGAUUAAUGCAUCUUACAUGUGGGAAGAUUGCAACUUUUUUCCACAAAUAGAAAUUGAAGUCCUCAGUUCUCUAUCAUUGAUACAUAUUAGAGAGAAUGGUGGGUUAUGGAUGCAUGACAUGCUAAAAGACCUAGGGCGCCAUAUUGUCCAUGAGGAAAACCUGGAUCCAGGAAAGCGUAGCAGAUUGUGGAUUUCUGAGGAAGCUAUGGACAUUUUGAAAACAAGAGAGGUAUUACAAUAA